CUUAGCAUUUCCUAGAAAUAAUAAUACAUUGUAAAUUAACUGUGAAUAUAAUGUGAUAAACCCUGCAGUUAAAAUCAUAUUAGUUUCAUCAGCAAACCUGCCAGGUGGAAAGCUAUUGAUUAGAAAAAUACAUUUCAACCGGUGGUUUCACUUCUACUUUCUCUUUCAAGUAACUGAAAACGUGAGAACAAUGCCCAUAUAUUAGGAUAAAAUUAGUUAUACCAGGAAAUCCACACAGUCACAGUGGUUUGCACAAUCAACUGACAUGGUUAGUAUAUUGAGGAAAAAGAUAAACUUGAAUUUCAAGGCGGCCCCGAAUCAUCCCACACCAACAUGCAAACUUCAGAUAGACUGGUCUAACAUCGAUGACAACAUUAUUGAGAACCUGUGUAUUCUCAUCGUCAAUGACAACACCGGGGAUGCUGCAUUCUCUUUUCUUUCUCUCCACUAUUUUGAAGACGAAGUCAGUCUCCCAAAGAUAAAAAUCAAUGUAUCAUCAGAACCAUUCAUGGUGUACGUCUAUGGUCUGGAGAGAACGCAGAGGCGGGUGCCGUACUUUUACCAGGCUUGUGCAAGUGGGACGAAGAAACUAACAUACACAGCAGGACAGAGUAACAGCUGGAAGUUAGAUCUAGAAGCACACAGUGUUGGCCCUUUGAGUAUGACAGAGCACAAAGAUUUAGUUGGACAAGUGAGCAAAGCAACAAACUACAUUGAUCCCUUCAGCAUCACACAAAAAAGGGUUCGCAACUGUAAAAGGUUGAACACGACACAGAUGGACCUUCCUCAGGAUGUUCUGGUGGUUCUCAAGGAACAGGAAGAGUCCAAUGAAAUAUUCUGGCUGACUGCUGCAGCAUCCAAGUCUUUCAUCAAGGUACCCCUUGAUGUCCUGUCCCCAGGCACCACUACGGUUAAAGUGUACACACUGGCGAAAGUGUACUGCAAAACAGGCUUGAUGAUUUACCACAAGAAGGCAUCAUCCUUGGAACUGGACCUCAAAAGGAAAAGUUCAUCACCACCUACUAGACUGACAGACUUGACCCUUGAAGAGACGAAAACUUUGAUGAACAAAGCCUUAGAUUUCAUGUCACCAGAAUCGAAGAUGUCUCCACUAAAUUAUCUGUACCGGAACAAGCCUCCGUUCUACUUCCACAACAUCAUCAACAUUCACGAUGGCAUUAUGGAAAAAUACAUCAAGGACUACAACGGCGAUGCAGGAUCCUGCAUCAAUGGCGUCAUCGGUGGACUGUUCUUCAGCACGGGUCUUGACAGCAAAACAAAACUGCCACCCAAUUUCUCGUUCUUCGGUGCAAGGCGUCUAUACAUUCCACCACAGAAGAUCAUAACAAAGGACACUAACAUGUACUUCUCUGAUUUCUACUGCCACUAUGAACAACACUAUGUUACUGUGGUUGUUACAAAGUCUGGCUCUCAUGCAGAUGACUUCUGCAAAGGGAAGUUACCCCAACUUGAUGCACAGGACAAUCGGUUUAUCUGCACAGGUAAUUUUAGGUCAUUCUCCGUCACCAUGUCAGUGUCAGUGGAGAUCUUUUAUACAGAAGAUAUAAAUAUUUCAUCUUUAGUGACACAAAGCAGUGUCAGUUGGUCAACAGUACGAAUCAGGGGCAGAGGACAGAGCAAGAAAUAUGGCAUUCCAAAGAAGGAAAACUGUUCAAUUUGCCAUCUAUAAAGUAAUCAUCAGAAAUGCUACAAUAGAAAAAUAGGUUUUCAAUCUCAUUGGAAAUUCAGAAAUCUUAGGUUUUUGUUUUUGUUAAAAUUGAAAAACAAAUCUUCUCUUUUUUUUUGCUAUGACAAAUUAAAAAAACAAAAUUGUGAUUUUUGUCUCACUGGAAAUUUAAAAUUUACAGUUUUCAUCUUAAUGUAAAUUGAGCACUCAUAGUUUUUGUCUUAUUAACAACAGAAAAUUGUAGUGAUCAAUGUGUUGCUGUCAGUUGAAAUUAAUCGAAAUCAUGUUAAACUAGCAGAUAUACUGGCAUCUGUACUUCUACUGCUGACACUGGCAUAGCCACGAUUUUAGAUUGUAUGUAUGAUUUUAUAACAUUUAAUACAUUAAAAAAGAAAGAAAAAAAGGUUUGAUUGGUUGUGUGUGGGGGGGUGGGGUGGGGGAGGGCAUGGCCCCUGUGGCACCACCUUCGCUAUGCCUUGUACAGUUGUAAUUUGUAGCAUACCUAAAAAAUCCAACAUUUCAGUCAUUCCUACUGUCACGGUACAUGCUCUUAAAUUUGUUUUCGCCUGUGGCGAUUUUACUUGUGUUAGAGGGCCGUGUGCAGUUUAUUGCCUGUAGCCCAGAUGGGCAACUUGUUACGUAAGACUU